UCCUCCGAGUCUCCCCCUCAGCUCGCCGCGAACUCACGACGCACGCACCGACGCACGAGACCGAGCAGCCCCACCACGCCCCGCCCCGCGCGCGCGCCGUGCGGUCACCGCCCGCGGCCACGGCACCGCCGGCCCCCGCCCCGGCCGCCAAGAGGAAAGGCAAGGCCGACGCCUCCUCCUCCUCGUCUCCACCGAGGUCCCGCCGCGCGCUCGCCGUCGCGAUGGCCGCGUCCCUGCUCGCGCUCGCCGUGGCUCUCCUGGUCAGCGCCGGAUUCAGCGGCGUGGACAGGGGCACAGCGGCCCCCGUGGAGUCAGAGGGCGGCGAGGUGACGUACGGGAGCGUGAUCAAGCUGAUGCACGAGAAGACGAAGCACCGGCUGCACUCGCACGACGUGCCCUACGGCUCGGGCAGCGGCCAGCAGUCCGUCACAGGAUUCCCCGAAGGAGACGACUCCAAUAGCUACUGGAUCAUAAGGCCUACUCCAGAUUCAUCGUCUAAGCAAGGUGAUGCCAUCGAGACUGGUAGCAUUGUAAAGUUGCAACACAUGAGGACACGGAGGUGGCUGCAUAGUCACUUGCACGCUUCACCGUUAUCUGGUAACCUUGAGGUUAGCUGUUAUGGUGGGGAUGAACUAUCAGACACUGGUGACUACUGGAGGCUAGAAAUAGAAGGAAGCGGAAAAGUAUGGAAAAGGGAUCAAAAAAUAAGGCUUAGGCAUGUUGAUACUGGAGGUUAUCUGCAUAGUCACAACAAGAAGUACAAUCGCCUUGGUGGUGGGCAGCAAGAGGUCUGCGGUGUCCGAGAGAAGCGAGCCGAGAACAUUUGGUUGGCAGCAGAGGGUGUUUAUCUCCCGGUUAACGGAAGCAAGUGAAACAGCAUCUUCUAGUGUUUUCCUGUUUCAUGAGAGUUAGCAUAGGAUCAGGUGUUUUCCCCGUUUUCAUUUGUUCUUGUUUGUUCUUUGAAAACACGGGACCUGACCCUUGAGUGAUAUGCUGAAUUUAGAUGAUAUCGACAAAAUGAGUACAGUACAGGCUUCUAAUUGAUAUUUACAAUUCAGUAUGACCAUGUAUAGAUCCAGACACCCAGAGAUGCAAAGUGCCACAUUCUUUCGCAACUAGGGAUGUUUAUUUUCCA